AUGGUCAAGCGCAAGUGUGUGGUAGAGGGCUGUACGCAGACAUGCCACAGCGCCGCUGCUCUGGCCCUGCACCUUGAGGUGGCACACGGCCUCAACCCCAAGGAACAUCUUGGGCGCACCGCCCGCACGCUGAUCCGCCACAUGUGUCCCGUGUGCAGCUACAUUUCUUACGAUCCCGCUCUCUAUCAGAGACAUCUCGAGGAUCACACGCUGGCCCAGCUCAACACGCGCCGCGAUGCUCUUUUGCCCAUCUGUUGCCGCAAAUGCCGCAUGAUCAUUGUCGCCCAGAAUGUUCGCCUCUAUCACGAGCGCUCCUGUGAUGCCGUCUCGACCGGCCGUGGGCUGAAGAAGCGUACGGCUGAUUUGUUCAAAUGCCGCAACUGUGGUCACAGCUUUCGUGCCGUCCGCCAGCUCCUGACGCAUGCCAAGCUAUGUGGGCGUGCAGAAGCCGCCGCUGGCAGUCACGGUGGACACGCAUCGGUGUUUGAUGACCUGUCCAUGGAGAAGCAGCUCGGGGGUCUGGAGGAGUAUGGUGCCCAUGGCAUGGACGCUGGCUAUCUGGGUGUGGAUGGACAAGGGAACAAGGACUUUGAGCUCUCAUCGAAUCCCUCGCUCGCCAACGCCGUCAACCGCAUCCGUGUCAAGAUGGAGCUGUGUUGCAAGGCCACCAAGACGGCCGAUCACGAGAGCAUCCUCCUCUCCCGCCUCAACCAGAUUGAGCAGGUGGUGACCGAUCUCACCAAAAUCUUCCAAGACGACACCCAAGCCCAGGGUCUCGGCGUUAAUCCCACUGCACGCCGCACCCAGCGCUCGGCCGCAGGCGCCACCGGUAGCAACUACUCCAACCUCAUGAUGAAAAAGGCCAAGAAGUAA